UGGAGAAAAUAAUUUGAAAUGUCAAAGGAGAAUAAAGUUGAAGUUGUUACUUCGAAUCUCGAGAGUACCUCAAAUGAUGACUUGGAGUAUGGAAUCGACGUCGAUGCCAGCAAAAGAGCAGAGUUGCAAAGAGGUUUAAAACCCAGACAUAUCCAGUUGAUUGCCAUUGGUGGUGUUAUUGGAACCGGGUUAUUUGUGGGGUCAGGGGCAGCUUUGUCUACCUGUGGACCUGCUGCCUUAUUGACUUCCUACCUCAUCAUGUCUGUAGUCAUCUACGGGGUGAUGCUUUAUUUAGCCGAAAUGGCUACCUACUUGCCUUUGAAGGGAAGUUCAAUCUCCACAUUUGCAACCAGAUACGUGGAUAAGUCAUUGGGGUUCGCCAUGGGUUGGAAUUAUUGGUACUCGUAUAACAUGUUGGUACCCACCGAAAUCACCGCUGCUGGUAUUGUUGUGAAAUACUGGACUGACAAGGUACCGGUUGGAGUGUGGAUCACUAUCUUCUGGCUUGUGAUUGUGGGAUUGAAUUGCCUUGCUGUGAAAUAUUACGGAGAAGCCGAGUUUUGGUUUGCUUCGUUAAAGAUUUUCUGUAUUUUGGGUUUGAUCGUCACCGGUAUUGUCAUCUUUUUUGGUGGAGCACCUACUCAUGACCGUUUGGGAUUCAGAUAUUGGAAUGAACCUGGUUCAUUUGCCCAGCACUUGGCGUCAGGUAACACUGCCAAGUUUUUGGAUGUGUGGACGAGUAUCAUCAAAUCUGCUUUUGCAUUUAUCCAAGGUCCUGAAUUGGUGGCCUUGGCUGCUGGUGAGGCCAAAAAACCUAGGCAGAACAUUCCUUUUGCAGCCAGGACUUUUGUUUACAGAGUCAUCUUCUUCUACGUGUUGGGGGCUUUGGUUAUUGGUGUCAUUGUCCCAUACACCAACCCUAACCUUUUGAGUGGCAGUGGAAAUGGUGCCUCGUCUCCAUUUGUUAUUGGUAUUAAAAACGCUGGAAUUAAGGUUCUCGACCAUAUCGUCAAUGCAGUUAUCUUGACUUCAGCCUGGUCUUCUGGUAACUCGUAUUUGUAUGCUUCCACCAGAAGUUUGUUGGGGUUGGCCAGAGAGGGUUACGCUCCCAAGUUCUUGGAUAAAACCAACAAAUACGGAGUCCCCAUCACUAUUAUUCCAUGUGCGGCCUUCAGUUUAUUGGCAUACUUAAACGUCAGCAACUCUUCUGCCGAAGCAUUUAACUGGUUCUCCAAUAUUUGUACCAUUUCAGGUUUAAUUGGAUGGGUGUGUCUUGGAAUCAGUUACUUGAGAUUCAGAAAGGCCUGUUCUGUGCAAGGAAUUUAUGAAACCUUGCCAUACAAGGCACCAUUCCAGCCAUACUUGACGUGGUUUGUGAUUGUGUUUGUGACGAUUGUUUGUAUCACCAACGGUUAUGCGGUGUUCUUUGACUUUAACGGGUCCGACUUUGUGGCCGCCUACAUUACUUUACCUUUGUUUUUUGGGUUGUACUUUGGACACAAGAUUUAUAUGAAAGUUGUCCACGGAUACACCAGGUGGUACUAUCCUGCUGAAGAAAUUGAUUUGAUCACCGGCUUGGCCGAGGUUGAGGCCGAAGACGCAGCCGAGCCUGAGAGAAUCCCCAAGAACUUUGCCGAAAAAGUGUGGUUCUGGAUGGGUUGAUGUAUUAUAUUGUGUAGCGCUACGUAUGAGUAAAAAAGCUAAUUUAAAUUUGCAGCAUU